AUGCUGCUAAACUAUGAGAGGAUCAGAAAUGAUUACAACUUUCUAGAUGAGUACAGAGAAAAAGAAGUCUUGGAAAUGGAUAAAGCACUUAAAGACAAUAAACUUCUAGGAAGGAUGUCAGAAGAGGAAGUUGAAGGUUUGAGAUACAAGGAUCAGAGCAUAAAAUCACGUUUAGGACAUUUAAAAGAGCAAAAAUUUGAAAAAAAUGCUCUCAGCAACUACAAAGAAGAAACAGGUAGGAAGUGGAUCAAGAGAGGAGAUCGACGGAAAGUGGUUCGAGUGGCCAAGUUCGAGUCGAUGUCAGGAAAGCAAAGACUCAAGAGUAUGGAGAGAAAGAGGAAGAGAAAGAUGGGUAAAGAGAUGCGUACCUUCGCAUUCAGUAAGUAA